GUUAUCUCACAUUCACUCCUCAGCAUAGACUGUAGAUCAUGUAUGAAGCACCAGUACCUCCGUGGGAUUUCACAGAUAGGAACAGCUUCGCCUUCGAAACCGUGAUCAAAAGGUGGCCAGUCAUCCUAACUGGGAUCAUUGACAAUAUAUACUGCCGCAACCAUGACCUCGGGGUCUCAUUGCCUGGCGAGACACAGGAGGAAGCAGCGGUAAUAGAAGAGCAGAUUGCGGAGGGCAAGAAAAUCAUUGGUCAAAUUGGCGAGAUCAAGUAUGAUAUGGCCCGCGACCGUCCUCUACCGCGUGUCCCGGACGACGGGGAAGCACUCGCCGAUAUCUACAACACAGAACUCGAGAAACUUACUGAGCAAGGCAGGGGCACCUGGCUCACAGUGCCCUGGCUCUAUUCCGAAUGCUACCUUUACCGUCUCAUUCGCUCGUUUUUUGUCCAAACAAAGUAUUGGAAAGACUACGACCCGUUCUUGCAGCAGAAGGAAGCGACCUUCCAGAAGAGCUCCAAAGCGAUAUAUGCGUUGGCAACCACGAUGCACGAGCUCGAACAAGACAAGGCGAAGCUUGCCUCGGAUCCCGACAACUUGAAGGUCAUCUUCAAGGAAAUGAUACAGAUUUGCUUAUGGGGGAAUGCGACCGACCUCUCUAUGCUGACUCACUUGUCACAUGAAGACAUUCAGCAUCUCCAAUCAGUCGGACGCGACGCCCAAGCGGCUCGUGCAGAAUACAUUCUACACGACGAUCAGGAAAAAGUCUGGCAACACUUGACGAGCCUUGCGGGCAAGACAGACUCCCGCAUAGACUUCGUACUUGACAACGCUGGGUUUGAGCUUUUCACGGAUUUCGUCUUCGCGGAUUUCUUCGUCACAUACACGCCUUACGUUUCAAAAGUGGUGUUUCACCCCAAGUUGAUUCCGUGGUUCGUGUCGGAUGUAACGCCUCCAGAUUUCAAGUCGACAACAGCAUCUCUCCUGUCCCCGACGUUCUUCUCGGACGACUCAACUUCAGAAGAAGCUAGUGCAGUCUCGCAAGAGUCGCGAGCACAUCUGCUUGCGAUGGUGAAGCGAUGGGACUCGUACAUCCGAUCUGGUGUGUUCUCCCUGUCGGUACCUAUAGACUAUCCUCUGGGUGCUUCAGAUGCCAAGGCAAACUUCUGGACCUCGCCAUACCCGUACUGGAAUUUGAAGGAACUCGCCCCGGAACUCUAUGCGGACUUGCGUGAAAGCAGUCUUGUCAUAUUCAAGUGUUCCACUUCAAUGACCGCUCUACUACUGACUGGUGAUGUGCAAUGGCCACCGUCUACGCCGUUCCAGACAGCGAUAGGUCCGCUCGCUGGAUCGUUCCCCAUUUUGAGCUUGCGCACGAACAAGGCAGACGUCAUUGUUGCUGUUGAUGAGGAAGUCGCCGAUAGAUUGGACAAGAGUGGCGAAAAGUGGAGGUAUAACGGAAAGUAUGCACUGGUGCUGUUCCAGUCUCGGUCCGACUAGACGUCCAGAUGAAAGCGCGAAAAACCUGUCACCUGUGUAACCAUGAACAUAGCAAUACGAC